ACUCUCGUCGCCGCUUCAGUCUUGUGUUUCCUGUUUACGGGCGGGAAGAGCGAAAGAAGCUAAACUAUCGGGUCUUGCAUCGUUGUGUUUCAAACAUCAGCUGUACGUUGGUUUUUGUUUCUUAGCUCAGUUUCAAUAAUUUAUGAUAAACCGAAGUCCCCACGACUCUGAUAUAUAUCUUUGCUUGACCUGUGCCUAGAGUUUAAAGGGAUUUGAAGCGCGAAACUGAUGGAGGAGCCCGCAGAUUCCGGCGGUGGCGGGGCAGCACAGGGCCCCAUGGCGCAAGUGGCGGAGAUCCGCUGCCCAAUAGCAGCGCGUCCUAUGCGGCUGCUGGAAUGGAAAGUCAAACCCGGUUCCCUCGUCAAUGUGGACUCGGUAUUGGCGUUAUGUGCUCCCAUCCCACCGGAGAAAGAGUCCGGGUCCCAUCCGCCAGAACAGCCCAAUCGGCUGUCAGAGAAGAAGCUGAAAUCGGACCGAGCUGGAGUGGUGAAAGAGCUAUGCUGUCAACUUGGACAAGUCAUAUCGCCUGGUGGCGUGGUUGUAAGAGUAGAAGAAUGCAGCCAUCCCAUUGUGAUGAAGGGCCUGUGUGCUGAAUGUGGCCAGGACCUCACACAGAUGCAGACCAAUAAUGGGAGGCAGCAGGCUCUCAUCUCCACGGCAAAUGUUUCCAUGGUGCACAGUGUCCCUGAGUUGAUGGUCAGCUCUGAGCAAGCAGAGCAGCUGGGCAGAGAGGACCAGCAGAGACUCCACAGGAACAAGAAGCUGGUUCUGAUGGUUGAUCUGGACCAGACCCUGAUCCACACCACCGAGCAUCACUGCCAGCUCAUGUCCAACAAGGGAAUCUUCCAUUUCCAGCUGGGACGGGGGGAGCCCAUGUUACACACGCGACUGCGUCCGCACUGCAAAGACUUCCUGGAGAAGAUCGCCAAGCUCUACGAGCUGCACGUCUUCACCUUCGGAAGCCGCCUCUAUGCACACACCAUCGCAGGCUUCCUGGACCCUGAGAUGAAGCUGUUUUCCCACAGGAUCCUGUCCAGAGACGAAUGCAUCGACCCCUUUUCCAAGACAGGGAACCUGAGGAAUCUGUUCCCAUGUGGGGACUCGAUGGUAUGUAUUAUAGAUGACCGGGAGGACGUGUGGAAGUUUGCUCCCAACCUGAUCACUGUGAAGAAAUACAUCUACUUCAAGGGGACAGGAGACAUCAACGCCCCGGCCGGGUCUGAAGAGGCUCAGCAGGGAAGGAAAGGCAGCCAGGCCAGCCGACCAGCAGAGGCCUCAGAACCAGCAGUAACGUCAGGGACAACAGGGCCUAAAACAGGGCCAUCUGGGGGGUCGUCUGCAUCAGAGGAGCAGAGUAAUGGUCUUAAGAAACAACGGGCCAAAGACCACAACAAUGGAGGGAGGGGGGAGUCAACAGCACCCUCAGCCACUCAGGGUUCAGCAGUUAAUGAACGGACUCAACCGGACGGUGUCGAGGCUGUGGAGGAGGAGCGGGGUCAGGGCGAGGGAGCCGAGGCCAGCGCGGCAGCACAGGUGAGCGACAGGAUGAAUGUGAAAGAUGAGAUGAAAGCGGAGGGGAAUGGAAAGGGGAAGGAUGGCAGCAGGACAUUGGGCUCAGGGGAGGAAGCUCCCCUUCCGGGUGGGGUGAACUCCUCCUCCACUCCUCUUCCUCCAUCAUCCACUCCUCCAGACCUCCAUGAGCCCAACAGCAACCUGGACUUUGACCUGUCCAGCGACAGUGACGCUGACUCUCUUACGGGUAAACCCACCUCAUCAGACAACGAGAGGGACGGGGUGUCCAGCCAGACCAAGAAGUCCAAACAGGAAGGGGAGGAGCAGGCAGCAGUAGAGGAGCCAUCAGGUGGGGCUGGAGGAAGGGAGAGUGAGAACAGCUCCGCGGUAGUAGGGGAGACCUCAGAUGAGACAUCUGGGUCAGAGGUUGUCUUCCCUCCAGACCUGGAGCAGGAGAACGGGCGCUUAGAGCGGAGGGAGGCUGAGACAGAGUCCCAGAACAGUGAACAGUCAGGAGUCACCAUGGGGGAGGAGUCUCUGGACCCGAGCAUGGAGGAGGAGGAAGAGGAAGAGAAAGGGGAGGUGGACAAGGAUGACCACCUCAUCUACCUAGAAGAGGUGCUGGAGCGUAUCCAUGGAGAGUACUACGCCCGCUACAGCGCCUUCCUCGGGAAGGAACGCCCAGAGAUGCCUGACAUCAGGAAGAUCGUCCCGGAGCUGAAGGCCCGGAGCCUGGAGGGCACCACCAUUGUGUUCUCUGGACUGUACCCCACCAAUUACCCCAUGGAGAGAACCAGGGAGAAUUACCACGCCAAGGCCCUGGGAGCAAAGAUAGGAAAGGGCCUCCUGCUCCGCUCUAAAGACCCUGGCAGAACCACACACCUCAUUGCUGCUAGAGCAGGUACAGAGAAGGUGCGUCAGGCCCAAGGCUGUAAACAUCUCCAUGUGGUGAAUCCUGACUGGCUGUGGGGAUGUCUGGAGCGCUGGGAGAGGGUGGAGGAAUCAUUGUAUCCACUGAAGGAGGACUACACCAAGACCCAACGGAGCAACAGCCCAGUCACGUUCCCUGACCUCCAAGGGUCCUUCCAGAACCCCCGGUUUCCCCCCGCCCCCAUUCACCACCACCCUCCAGCUGCCCCUGAGGUGCGGACGUACGACCCAGUCACGGGGAAGCUGAUUCGCCGUGGGACUCAGGCCUCCAGACCACCAUCUUACCUCCAGGCCUCCAUGUCUGCUGCCCAUGGCGACCAGACCUCGCUCAGGAGGGGUCAGAAGGACCAACAGGGGGAGACGGCGGGUCCCUCCAGUCGAGACGACGAGCAGCCUGGACCCUCCUGUCGGCGGAGGGAACGCCAGCCCAGCAUGUCAGAGACCAACCCCCUCUACACAUUCUGUAAAGAAGACCUGGACAGCAUGGACAAGGAGGUGGACGACAUGCUAGAUGAGGAGAGCGAUGAGGAGGGAGAUGGCCGGGGGAAGAAGACAAGGGAGAUGGAGGAGGAAGAUGAGAUGGAGGAGGAAGCAGAGGGGCAGCAUCCCCAGAGUAGUGGACAGAGCACUGAGGGAGAGAAGCAGCACCACGAGCAGCAGCACCACCACCACCACCACCACCACCAACCAGGUCUGGCCACCGUUAUAGAGGAGACGGAGAAGGCACAGAUGCCACCUAGUGACCAGGGCGAUAUGAUGACGGGUAGCGUGCCAAGGGGACAGAAGCGCAAGCUUGAGGAGGAAGAGGGGGAGUCGGCGGACGAGUCCACCAAGGAUUCUAACGAGGAAGAGGAAGGAAGCAGCUCAGAGGCUGAUGAGAUGGCCGCUGCCCUGGAUGCGGAGCUUAACGACUUCAUGUGACCGCGAUGAAUUUGAUUGGACAAAUGAACUGGAUGUUUGAUUGGACGUUUGUGAACAAUGACUCACAGAACCCCCCCCUCCCCCUCCUGAGUUAUCCCAGCAGCUUUUCAGCUACGUGGUACCUGAGAAUCAUUCUGUCUCUACGCUGUGUGUGUGCUUGUGUUUUAUCGAGGUGAAUGUGUUGUACAGAAUGAAGAGGUAGGUUAGUACAGUAGGAAAGCGUUGGUGUGUAAAUAUAGUUGUAGAUCAUUUUUAGGGUUAAUAUAGAAACUUUCGACAAACACAUUUGUGGUGUUGUUUUAUUGUGAGAUAAAAAAAAAUAGGAUGUUUUACUUGAGUUUGUUUUUCUAUUAAGACUUUUUUAUAUAAAUUCAACAAAUGAUAACUUUAUUCAUUGGUCAUAUGAUGCCAAAGAGUUUGAACUCGGCCAAUCAGAGCCUGCAGCUAAACAUUUUACUCUUGACGUCACAUUCUGUGAUCCUAUUUCCUGUUGUUUUUUUUUUAGGGGUUGAUCAUUAAAACGUUGUUACCGGCAGAAAGACUAAGAUGCCUGAAUGUGUCCCAUUGGCUCUUUUCCUCUGUUCUUCUACCUUGGUGUUGGUACCAGAGCCAUAUAUAGAGGUCGAUAUGUAUGUAUGACUCUGGUUGGUACCUUUUUAUAAAGUCAACUGAGCUAUCUGAGACAAACACCCAGGAUGCACUGCAAUAUCAACAUCAUCCUCAUCUUCAUCAUACCACUGUUAGUUAUCAGCAGUCUAUCUUUUGACUGACCUGGCUGAAAGCUCCAAGCAGGAAGUAUAUGAGUUGCACUGUGGCAGUCCUCCUGGCUCCACCAAUGAGAUUUGCCGGUCCUCCUGGCUCUGCCAAUCAGCGGUGCCGGUCCUCCUGGCUCUGCCAAUCAGCGGUGCCGGUCCACCUGGCUCCAACAAUGGUCUUGAUCAACAUUUCCAACACCAACUAAUGUGUUUUACUUCGAAAGAUUAGCUGGUCUCGACCAUAGAUGACUCUAGUGCCCAAAAGCCCAUUUUUAACAUGGACAGCGUCAUUUACGACUCACCAUUUUGAACUAGUCAACUAGAUGGGACUUCCUAUGGGUUAAGGAAUGAUCACAUAAUUCCAUCCAGGUCAUCAGGAGGGAUCAGCCAAUGAAUUAUACUCGUAAGCGAGCGAUAAUGAUCCAUAACUCAGGUUGCAAUAUAUCGUCAACCUUGGCUUUAUAUCUGUUCAAACAACAGACUCCAGGUGGCAGUAUGCACCCUUUCAGUUAGUUUGCCAACUUAUAGAAAUGGUAGAAGAAGAAAAUGGACGACUUAAAAAUGGGCUCAAUGGCACUGCAGGUUUUCUGAGGCGCAAUAAUGGGACAGACACAAUGAUGCCAUGUCUAUCUAAGUCUAUGGUCGAGACCUGUCAAAAAGUGAUAUGGUCAAGACCCACCAACCAGGUCACUGCCACCACCUCCCCUCACUGGAGCCUGUGAUGGUGGAUGUGUUUUGUUGUUUUGCUUUAUGCCAUUCUUAUUAGGUCUUACAGCUACUUCUAUCAGGUGAUUUAUGUUUUAGUCCGUUGCAGAGUCAAUGAUUUGCUAACGGCUACAUUUCAGCCAGGUUAUAGAGUUCAGCAAGUGUCGUAGUGUCCGCUGCUCUUAGUAGGGACAUCAAACGUUCAGGCUGCUGCACAGACACUACGGAGGCUCUAGUCUAGGGCACCUGGUUAAAUUGUGUUUGAGAGCAUUUUUUAACUCUCUAAAUUGUUAGAUGCGUAAGAAAUAGAUGCAAUAGUUUGUGAGUAGGAAACAUAACACUGAGUAUAUAAAACAUUAAGGGCAGCUGCUCUUUCCAUAACAUGGUGAAAGCAAUGAUCCCUUAUUGAUGUCACUUGAUAAAUCCAAUCAAUCAGUGUAGAUGAAGGGGAGAAGACCGGUUAAAGAAUGAUUUUUAAUCCUUGAGACAUGGAUUGUGUAUGUGUGCCAUUCAGAGGGUGAAUGGGCAAGACAAAAUAUUUAAGUGCCUUUGAACGGGGUAUGGUAGUAGGUGCCAGGCGCACCAGUUUGAUUGUGUCAAGAACUGCAACGCUGCCAGGUUUUUCAUGCUCAACAGUUUCCUGUGUCUAUCAAGAAUGGUCCACCACCCAAAGGGUGGGAAGCAUUGGAGUCAACCUGGUCCAGCAUCCCUGUGGAACGCUUUCAACACCUUAGAGUCCAUUCCCCGAUUAACUGAGGCUGUUCUGAGGGCAAAAUGGAGGGGUGCCUCAAUAUAAGGAAGGAGGUCCUAAUGUUUGGUUUACUCAGUGCAUAUAUCAUCUUAAAUUGACAUGUUGAAUUAUUUUGCCAUAUUAAAUCAUUGUAUUUUCCUCUAAUUUCCCUAAUGUGGACACUUUCUUUUACUACCUUACACAAACUUGCAUUUACACCCCAUAAAAUCUCUAUAAAAGUCGCUGGCAACACACACCAAUAUACUGAAUUGACAGUCCGACUAUCACCCAUCCUACAUACCAGCCAACCGUUGUCACUGUCGAUAUCCUAUGCUGCGUUGUGAUUGGUUGAAGUUGACUAACAGAAAAAGUGGUUUGUUCCCUUUUUCAUGUUGGCAGCCUCCUGAAAUGAACAUCCAAUAUUCUACAAGUCUUCAUCUAACCAACCAUGUACAGUGCCUUCAGAAAGUAUUCACACCCCUUUUUCUAAAUGUCAUUGGUCUAGGCACACUGUACCCCAUAAUGUCAAAGUGGAAUUGUGUUUUACAAAUUUCAUUAAAAAUUAAAUGUCUUCAGUCAAUAAGCAUUCAAACCCUUUGUUAUGGCAAGCCUAAAUAAGUUCAUGUUUACCAUGAUUCUUGAAUGACUACCUCAUCUCUGUGCCCCACACAUACAAUUAUCUGUAAGGUCACUCAGCUGUGAAUUUCAUACACAGAUUCAACCAAAGGCCAGGGAGGUUUUCCAAUGCCUCACAAAGAAGGGCACCUAUUGGUAGAUCGGUCAAAUAAAAAAAGUAUGGUGAAGUUAUGAAUUACACAUUGGAUGGUGUAUCAAUACACCCAGUCACUACAAAGAUACAGAUGUCUGUCGUAACUCAGUUGCCGGGGAGGAAGGAAACCACUCAGGGAUUUCACCAUGAGGCCAAUGGUGACUUUAAAACAGAGUUUAAUGGAUCAACAACAUUGUAGGAGGAUGGAUCAACAACAUUGUAGUUACUCCACAAUACUAACCUAAAUGACGAGUGAAAAGAAGGAAGUCUGUACAGAAAACAAAUAUUCCAAAACAUGCAUCUUUGAAACAAUGACCGAAAGUAAUACUGCAGUAAAUGUGCCAAAGCGAUUUACUUUUAGUCCUGAAUACAAAAUGUUAAGUUUGGGUCAAAUCCAAUACAACACAUUAUUGAGUACCACUCUCCAUAUUUUCAAACACAGUGGUGGCUGCAGCAUGUUAUGGGUAUGCUUGUAAUUGUUAAGGACUGGGGAGUUUGCUUAGCACCAUUCUGUUUGUUUAUGCUGACAGAGGCAAAAUCCUAGAGGAAAACCAAGUUCAGUCUGCUUUCCACCAGAUGCUGGGAGAUGCAUUCACCUUUUCAGAGGACAAUAACCUAAAACACAAGGCCAAAUCUACACUGGAGUGGCUUACCAAUUUACAAUUUACAGUCUACUUGAAAAUCUAUGGCAAGACUUGAAAAUGGUUGUCUAGCAGUGAUCAUCAUCCAGUUUGACAGAGCUUGAAGAAUUUACAAUAAAUAUUAAUGGGCAAAUGUUUCACAAUCCAGGUGUGGAAAGCUCUUCGACUUACCCAGAAAGACUCACAGCUGUAAUCACCGGCAAAGGUGUUUCUACAGAGUAUUGACUGUCAAUACUUAUAUAAAUUUGAUGUAUUUCAUUUUCAAUAGAUUUGCUUCAAUUUCUAAAAACAUGUUUUCACUUUGUCAUUAUGGGGUAUUGUGUAUAGCUGGGUAAGACUAAUAUAUAUAUAUACAUAUACAUGUAAUCCAUUUUGAAUUCAGGCUGUAACACAACAAAAUGUGGAAUAAGUCAAGGGGUAUGAAUGAUUUCUGAAGGCUCUGUAUAGACUAUUCCAUGUUUCCGCGUGGUCUUUGAGUAGUGCUUGUUUAAACAGCGCUAUAGCAUGAACGUUUGCCCCCUGUCCUAUUGAUUUCAGAGUGAUGUGGAAGUGAUUCACAAAAAGUGUGUUGCGUUACACUUACCACGUUGGCGACCCACUUGAAUCAAAAUGCAACACUUCAAAAUGGAGCUAGCUGUCUUCUGCAAGUUCUCCUCUAACCAGUGAUGUCCACAUUAUAGACUUAUUCAGUGUGGCUUUUGAGCUGUUGGUUUUAACAGGAUGUGCAACCUCAUCUCACCUCUCUUGUGCAGUUGUGUUCUCCAGGUUGUCCUCUAACCAGUGAUGUAUCUCCAUACCCCCACAGAUCUAUGAGUGAUUUAUUGCUACAGUACAAGUCAUAUGAUUACUAUUGUUGUAGAUGGUACAUUUUGUGUUCGGUUUUCAAAAUCACAAACUGCAUAUUGGUUAGUGAUUUUGACUCUUUAAUAGUGUUUUGACUUUGGGCUAUAUCAAAAUGGCUUGUCAACAGAAAGCAGCGACAGCAUGAUUUUCAAUUGAACUUUCAACAUUAAUUUCCAAUGGCAUUGUACUUAAUCAGGUAAAAACUGCUCAUUGAGUCCAAUAAUGUGCUGUGAUUGAUUUAUUUUAAUGAGACUGUGCAUUUGGAAACUAAUCAGACCCUUUACUCAGUACUUUGUUGAAGCGGUGAUUCCAGCCUCCAGUCUUCUUGGGUAUGAUGCUACCAGCUUGGUACACUGUAUUUGGGAAGUUUCUCCCGUUCUUUUCUGCAGAUCCUCUCAAGCUCUGUCAGGUUGGAUGGGGAGCAUCCCUGUACAGCUUUUUUCAGGUCUCUCCAGAGAUAUUAGAUCGUGUUCACGUCCAGGCUCUGGUGGGCCACUCAAGGACAUUAAGAGACUUGUCCCAAAGCCACUCCUGCGUUGUCUUGACUGUGUGCUCAGGGUCGUUGUCCUGUUGCAAAGUGAACCUCAGUCUGGGGUCCUGAGCGCUCUGUAGCAGGUUUUCAUCAAGGAUCUCACUGUACUUUGCUCCAUUUAACUUUCCCUCGAUCCUGACUAGUGUUCUGGUCCCUGUUGCUGGAAAAACAUCUCCACAGCAUGAUGCUGCCACCACCAUGCGUCACCGUAGGGCGUGACGAUUGCCGUUCAAGAGUUCAAUCUUGGUUUCAUCAGACCAGAGAAUCUUGUUUCUCAUGGUCUGAGAGUCCUUUAGGUGCCUUUUGGAAUUCUCCAAGCGGGCUGUCAUGUGCAUUUUACUGAGGAGUGGCUUCUGUCUGGCUUGAUUUGGGAGAGUGCUGUUGUCCUUCUGGAAGGUUCUCCCAUCUCCACAGAGGAACUCUGGUGCUAUGUCGGAGUGACCAUUGGGAUCUUGGUCACCUCCCUGACCAAGGCCCUUCUCCCCCGAUUGCUCAGUUUUAAAUGGAAGUUUCUUCCAUUUUAGAAUGAUGGAGGUUCUUGGGGACCUUUAACUCUGCAGACAUUUUUUUGGUACCCUUUCCCAGAUCUGUGCCUCGAAACAAUCCUGUCUCGGACCUCUAGGACAAUUCCUUCGACCUCAUGGCUUGGUUUUUGCUCUGACAUGCGCUGUCAGCUGUGAAACCUUAUAUAGACAAUCAAUUGAAUUUACCAAUAUAGAAAUAUCUCAAGGAUGAUCAAUGGGAACAGGAUGCACCUGAGCUCAAUUUCGAGUCUCAUGAGAAGGGUCUGAAUACUUAUGUAAAUAAGGUAUGUUUUUUUUUUGUAUAAAUUAGCAAACAUUUCUAAAAACCUGUUUUCACUUUGUCCUCAUGGGGUAUUGUGUGUAGAUUGAUGAGGAUUUCAGAAUAAGGCUGUAACACAACAAUGUGGAAAAAGUCAAUGGGUCUGAAUACUUUCGGAAUGCACUGUAUACCAGAAAUCACCAGAACGGGUUUUCCCUGCCUGCUCUUAGGUCGUUUUAGAAUCCAGGGCUGCGAUUGUUCAAGGGUGAGAGGUCAUGGGUCAGGAGUUAAAGCUGUGAUGCUGGGUCCUCACCCAGAACAUUGACUGCCACUUCAUUAUAAACCUGGAUAGAUAGAUAGAUAGAUAGAUAGAUAGAUAGAUAGAUAGAUAGAUAGAUAGAUAGAUAGAUAGAUAGAUAGAUAGAUAGAUAGAUAGAUAGAUAGAUGAUGAAAUAGUUAUUUUUUUCAUUGUGUCAUUUAAGCCAUUCACCCCACCCUUGGUUGUUUUCUCUAUUCUGUUUUGGUUUGUUAUUAUUUUCAAUGAAAAGACUGAUGUGUAAAAGUAUUUGUAUAUUCUAUUUCUUACUUGACCUGACAGAAAAUAUACUUUUCAUUUAAUAAAUAUUUGUUUUUUAAAAUUGUC